GACACACAGACGAGAGUUUUGAGCGGGGGAUACUUUAACAAUUGCAGAGUUUUUUUCUUAACGACAGGAGAGCGAUGAGUUGGGGAACGGACCUCUGGGACCAGUUUGAUAACCUCGAUAAGCAUACGCAAUGGGGGAUAGACUUCCUGGAAAGGUAUGCAAAGUUCGUCAAAGAGAGGCUGGAGAUAGAACAGACGUAUGCAAAACAGUUGCGAAACCUGGUGAAGAAAUACUGCCCCAAGCGCUCCAAAGACGAUGAGCCUAGGUUCACAUCGUGCCUGUCUUUCUACUCCAUCCUGAACGAAUUGAAUGACUACGCGGGUCAGCGGGAGGUCGUUGCCGAGGAGAUGGGACACAGGGUGUAUGGGGAGCUGAUGAGGUAUUCUCAAGACUUGAAGGCUGAGAGGAAACAACACCUCCAGGAGGGCAGGAAAGCACAGCAGUAUCUGGACCAUUGCUGGAAACAGAUGGACAAUAGUAAAAAGAAGUUUGAGAGAGAGUGCAAAGAAGCAGAGAAGGCACAGCUCAGUUACGAGAGGUUAGACAACGACAUCAACGCUACCAAAUCGGAGGUCGAGAAGGCCAAGUCCCAGCUGUAUCUGAGAACGCACAUGGCCGACGAGAGCAAGAAUGAAUACGCUGCUCAGCUUCAGAACUUCAACUCAGAACAAUGGAAACACUUCAAUGUCAACAUGCCUCAGAUAUUCAAGAAUCUUCAGGACAUGGACGAGCGGCGGACGGUGAAGUUGGGUGAGACGUACAGGAGCUUCGCCGAGGCGGAGCGGAAAGUCAUCCCCAUCAUCUCUAAGUGUUUGGAGGGCAUGGUGACUGCCGCUAAGAACGUGGAUGAACGAAGGGACUCUGCAAUUGUUGUGGAAUCUUUUAAGUCGGGUUUCGAGCCCCCUGGAGAUUUCCCCUUUGAAGACUACAGUCAGAACAUCCAGAGAACGGGAUCCGACGGUACCAUCGGAACCCCCAAGAACGAAAGCGGGAAACCAGACCCCAAACACACUAUCAGCAAAGCCAAGAACAAACUCUGGCUCUUUGGGAAAAAACCUAAGCUCCCACCUUCAUUCCCCCCUCCCCCCCUCCCUAGCUUUUCCUCCGGGCGUUUCCAAUCUCGCAAACUUGCCGCUGAUCAGAUAGCUAACUAUCUGUCUGAAAUGAGAAUGGUCAAAUCCAAGAUCCCGUCUUUCAGGGGUCUAAAGCGUGUGGCACCAACAGUAGAAGACCUUAGCCACCUUCCUCCUGAGCAGAGACGCAAGAAACUGCAGCAGAGGAUUGACGAGCUGAACAGAGAGCUUCAAAAGGAGAUAGACCAAAGGGAUGCACUAAACAAAAUGAAGGAUGUUUAUGAGAAGAACCCUCAGAUGGGAGAUCCCGCCAGUCUUCAGCCCAAAAUCUCCGAGACCAUGUGCAACAUCGAAAGGCUUCGUUCCGAGAUCCACAAAAAUGAGAGCUGGCUUUCAGAGGUGGAGGGGAAGCAGGGUUCUCGGGGAGACAGACGGCCCAGCGCAGACGUAAACCACCACCACCACGCUCCUCACGGCAGAGAGAGCCCUGAGGGUAGCUACACAGAUGACCACAGCCAAGAACACCGCUCUCCGCCUCAGCCCGACCCACACGAGUUUGAUGACGAGUUUGAUGACGACGACCCUCUUCCUGCCAUUGGCCACUGCAAAGCGCUCUACUCUUUUGACGGCUCGAACGAAGGCACGGUGGUAAUGAAGGAGGAUGAGGUUCUGUACAUCAUAGAGGAAGACAAGGGCGACGGCUGGACGAGAGUACGCAAGCAGACCGGGGAGGAAGGCUACGUCCCCACCCUCUACGUGGAGAUCACGAUGGAGAGGAACAGCAAAGGUGCGGUCACGUACAUAUGACAUCACUCACGGGGAUACCCUGUAGGGCAGUGACCUUCCUCAAACCCCUCCCCCAAACCAACCCAAGCCCAACCCAACCCGCCCUCACUGGGGCCGUGUCCCCCAGCGCGACGCUCCUGUUCACUGUGUGAGCUCUUCGGACGAAACAACAGACAAGCAUGCUCAAAACUCUCGUUGAAGUAAACCUCUGUGAAGUAGCCACGGAUACCGUAUUAUA